AUGCAGCUUGUGUUUUUUGUCUUGAGUCCAGCACUUGUUGGCAGCAACUUGGUGGUUGGAUGGUUACUAAAUGUUCUCAUCCCCUUUGUCAUUGGCUCGGUGCUUGGAUGGUUACUUGUAAAAAUCACCAAAGCUCCUAAAGGUCUUCGGGGAGUGAUCAUGGGAUGUUGUGCUGCCGGAAACCUGGACAAGAUGCUUCUCGUAAUUGUUCUAGCUGUCUGUAAAGAAAAAGGCAGUCCAUUUGGAGUUUCCGAUGUCUGUACCGGCAAUGGAAUGGCAUAUGUUUCACUCUCUAUGGCAAUUGGAUCCUUGUACAUCUGGUCAUAUGUGUACAAUAUUGUGCGUAUAUAUUCAAGUAAAGAUUCUGAUGAAGCCAAACCAGAUGUCUUACCGGAGGGUACAGAGUCUGCUGGAGAAAAAAAUGAAUCUGCAAAGUGUCGCACAGGGCCCCCACUUCCUUCAAGAUCCCUCACUUGGAGAAAUUUUUGGAGAUUGUUUGCACCGGCAAUUAUUGGAGCGAUUGUCGGAUUGAUGAUUGGUAUCAUCCCUCCAUUCAGAAAAGUACUAAUUGGUGAUAGAGCUCCUCUUCAUGCGGUUGAAGACUCUGCAGACAUGGUUGGCAAGGCAGCCAUUCCAAUCAUUACUUUGAUUUUGGGAGCAAAUCUUCUGAAGGGUUUGAAAGGCUCGAAGGUGCCACUCUUGGUGAUUAUUGGUAUAGUGGCCAUUAGGUAUAUAAUUUUGCCGAUUUUGGGAGUAGUUAUCAUUAAAUAUGCAAUCCAUUUUCGCUUGGUGCGCUCAGAUCCGUUAUAUCAGUUUGUUCUUCUCCUCCAGUUUGCACUUCCUCCAGCAAACAGCGUAGCUACAAUGAGCCAGUUGUUUGGAGUUGGCCAAACCGAAUGCUCUGUGAUCAUGCUAUGGACCAAUGCCUUGGCCACAGUCUCGCUGACCGUUUGGUCAACAUUCUUCAUCUGGUUUGUUAGAUAACCGUGACGUGCCUCUAUGAUUACUUUCACCAUGAAAAUCUGGGCAAUGCAUUAUAUGCUAGCUCAGAUACUCCAUUAAAUAUUUCUGCAAAUGCAAAUGUAGAUGAAGAAAGAAUCCAACGCACAUGCAUAACGGAAUAGGGGUCCUGGGGCUCAAGGUAUAUCUAAAAUGUCGAUGAUUUUGAAGUGGCUUUUGUCAUUGUUCUUCGCACUUGUGGUCAAUGCAUUGGUUUCAGCCCCGAAUUUGCAUUAGAACCUGGUUCCUCAAGUCCGUUUCUGGGCAAAGUCUAAAAUACUGGUAUGUAAGAUAGAAAAACGACCCUCUAGAUUCAAUUCCAAUGGUCCUGUGGUCAUUGCUCUGGAGGCUAUAUAUGCAUGCAGGCAACAGAUUUUCUAUACUUGUGAGAAUAACGAUGGAUAGUAAAUCUGAGUACUUGGGUGAAUAAGAAUGCACAACUCCUUAAAGCA